AUGACCGAACCGUUCACGGCCUGUGAAAUGAGAGAGAACGCCGAAAAUAGAACAACAGCAUUGAUGAUCGACGGCGCAACGAAACGGAAACCAGAAGGUACCGAAAGAUCGUCGGGCGUCAACGCCGACGGAAAUACAGACUGUACCGCAAGAUCUCCGGAUCCAGAGUCGAUAAUCCGCAAUGAGCGCGGGGAAAAAACAGCGAAGAACGGGGGAGGCUCGGGAGGAGGAGGACCAGCGGUGGACGCGACGGCCUUUCGGAGCUCUUUUAAGCGGACGGGCCGAUAG